AACCGACCAGAAAGUGAAUGGGAGGCGGAAGAUGGACCUGGAACAGCUGGAGAAGCUGCGUCUUCUGAACCAGGAUCUCCUGCAGAGGCUGAAGGCAAACCAAGAGGAAUUCCAGAAACAGCUGCCUGGCCGGGCUCCCUCCCGGCCCCUGCGGUCGAAAAGAGAGACUCCAGAGAACGGAUGGGCACCAGAUCCCCAAAGGGGGAAAGAGAACAAUGAUCGGGCUGCUGAAGAGUUCGCUAGCAUUGUGAUGGGGGUGUCCAGGGAGGCAGGGCCCCAACUGGCAAGACCUGACCUCAGACCCCCCUUGAAACCCACAACAUCCCGCAAGGAGGAAGAACAGGAAACAACACACCAAGGGGGUCAGCACCCAGACUCCGAUUGGACUGAGAAGACUUCUGUACCAUCGGCAACGGAGGGAGAAUCCUCCCGAGUAGCUGGCAAAACAGUGAAAAAAUGCAACUCUGUGGGUGACUCAGAGAGGAAAUCCGUUCCUGCGAGCCAAACAGACUCUGAGACGCACCCUGCACAUUUGCAAAGGCCGAGGGCCGGAGUGGAGCCAAACCGGGCGCAAGAAGCCAAAGAGAGCCACGGGCCGAGAGCAUCGGCUCGGAUGCCGCGGGCUCCCAAAUCGAUCCUGCUCACCCCUCAGUGCAAGGAAGCCAAAGAGAAAAUGAAGAAGGAGGCCGGGCGUGUGACGUUUGUGUCUGACCCUGAAGAAUACACUCUCCCUGCGGACGAGUGGUCGGUUCGUCCUUUCCUGGGGUACGACUGGAUCGCAGGUUUGCUAGACAUGGACUCGUCAGUGUCAGAGAAACCAGAGCAGUAUUUUUCUGAGCUGCAGGACUUCCGGCGGGUGAACAGAGAUGCUUGCAUCUACGACGAAUGCUUAUGGUCAGAGGCACUGGGCUCCUCGGUUCUCGGUCAAGGAUCAGAGGUGGAAUCAACUUCCCAUCAAUGCGUCUUCUGCUACCGCUUAAACAAGCGACUCUUUGCUGUGCCCAUGGGUUCAGAGUCGGCCUGUCCCAUCUGCAAAACCUUGAGGACUCAGAAGCCGCCGGAAACGCUGGUGGAACCAGCCUUCGUCAGGGUUAGCAUCCCGCGAUCCACCCUCCUCCCAGCGUACAAGCACAAAAUCCAUCGCAGGAAAAGCUAUGAGCCAGCAGAUGACCUGGCAUUGCCAUCGCACUGCCUGGCCGGCUGGGAGAACCCCGUCCAAACUUUCAGCUCUACCCUGAGCAGCCUCGACCUCCGAACUACCCUGGCUGCCGAAUCUUCCGGCCAUUUGGAUUGGAAUUCGGUGUCUAGAGUAUCAGGCAAAACCAAGACGGAUGACCUCCUCAACCUUUCCCGUGUGACAGCAUUCGAACUCAACAACAUGUCUCGUCUGUUGCGCCACCGGAAGCUGCCUGGCCACACGGCACCUUUCCGUUAGAGCAGUUCCAUCUUUCUCCCCUCCCAAGGGGGGAUCAGGAAGCCUGGAAUUAAGGACCGGGACGGCGUCUGCGCCUGAAACUGAACAGCCCACCAGCCCACCUCUCAGCAGAGCAGCGUUCAAGAAAAGAUGGGGUUGUAAACCAAAGUCUCUGUUUGGUCCACAAAGCACAGGGCAUUCACAGACAAUUUAAAAGAGGGUUUAUUUUUUCCCCCAGUGUACUUG